AGGUGUGUGUUUGUGUGUAAUUUUAAGAUAGGAGGUGGAGUUUAUAUCGACUUUGUGGAUGACUCAACAGCUUGUAACACAACGGCUGAUUAACUAAAAAGAUUUUUGAAGGAACAAAGGAAGACGCACCACGUAUUUUGGAAAUGGAAGGUGAUACUGUGGAUGCUAAUCCAGAUAUUAAAGGAACACCGGCGAAGCGGAGAGAUGAGCGUAUGCAGGUGGAUGCCAAGCCAUUUCAUGGAGAUUCUUAUAGAUAUAACAUGAAUUACCCAAACAUCGGCAUGUGUUACAUUAUAAACAACAAGAAUUUUGACCCUAAAACAGGAAUGAAUGUUCGAAAUGGAACUGAUGUAGAUGCCGCACAACUGCGUCAAACAUUUAAAAAGCUGGGCUACAAAGUAAAAGUUGAUAAUGACCUUAAAUGUGCAGAGAUUAAAAAUAAUUUAAAAAAAGUGGCAUCGGAAGACCACACGAAUGAGGCCUCUCUUGUCUGUGCACUGCUAAGCCAUGGAGAUGAUGGGAAAAUUUAUGGUACAGAUGGUUUUUUGGACAUAAAAAGCAUAACUGACUUUUUCAAAGGAGACGAAUGUAGAAGUCUGGUUGGUAAACCAAAACUAUUUUUCAUACAGGCAUGUAGAGGCACAGAGUUGGAUGGAGGAAUUGAAUGUGAUAGUAUGGAAAGUGAUGGGCCUGCCCAAAGGAUUCCUGUGGAGGCAGACUUCUUGUAUGCAUAUUCUACAGCUCCAGGAUAUUAUUCUUGGAGGAACACCACCACUGGCUCAUGGUUUAUACAGUCUUUGUGUGAAAUGCUGAACAAAUAUGGGAGUGAGCUGGAGCUAAUGCAAAUACUCACUCGUGUUAACAACAAAGUGGCUAUGGAUUUUGAGUCUGCAUCAAACAUUCCUGGCUUCAACAGCAAGAAGCAGAUCCCAUGCAUCAUUUCUAUGCUAACCAAAGAAGUGUAUUUUAGUUUACUAUAAUUGUGUGUGUGUGUGUGUGUGAGAUAAGAAUCAUGUUAUACUUAAGGGAUUUUAGUAUUUUUACUUUUUUAGCCACAAUUCCAUUUGAGUCAACACUGAACCUUCUCAUUGAGUUAACUGAAAGAUAUAUUACUUACUGUAUAUAUUUUUUAAGUUGUGUUUUCCCCAAAUAGUUAAAAAUAGCUUUGAGACAUAACCGCAACACACAUCUUUAUGGGUGCAAAUUAAUUUGACAAAGUCACUGCUUAAAUUUUAUUUAUUUGAAUAGAACAUGUCUGUUUCAUAUGAAAAUGAAUAUUGAAAUUCAAAUUUGACACUUACUAAAACAGUUUGUUUUUAGUAGGGUUCUUUUAUCUUUCUAGUGUUUUAUCUUGUUUAUGAAGCUGACUUGUUUUGAACUAUUAAAAUUGUAAUGCAUGUCUUUAAAGUUAAUUCAAAAUAUAUUGAACUAUUUGCAGUGUUGAAUGGUCAUGGGAUGUUGGUAGGGGUUCCAUAGGAUAAUCGUCCCCUGAUGUGUGUUCUCCUUAAAUGUGCCUGUGCCACAAAGUUUGCUUACUAAACCCUACUGGAAGAAAGUUAAAGUUUCCUUGAAAACUGCAUUACAUUCUGAAACCUGCGUAAUCAGCUUCAGAGUUGAAGUGUGGUGAAGCUUAUCAUGACAGCUUCUAACAAAAACCAGGAACCAGGGAGUGGGUGAAAACUCCAUAGACCGCAACUAGGUGAACUAUUCAAAACUAUGAUGCUGGUGCUAACCACUAUAUUCCUUUAGUAUUGAAUCGGUACUAAAAUUUUGAUUUCGAACUUCAGUACCAGUACAAACUGUUCCAAACGAAAUAAUGGAUAACUCCCAAAUCCGUUGUCUUAUUCAAGUCUCCCUGGUGGGCUGCUCCAUCUCUCGUCGCUACACCUGGAUUCCCACUUGAUAGCCAUGAACUUCCAGUUGUAUUGAUGUGUGUAGUUCUGUUUCAUGUGUACAAAAGGUAAAAUUUUUCCACAACUGCAAUAGCAGUUGCCCCGGGAUUAGGAGUGGAAGUUAAGAGGAAAGCUGACAUUUACUUCCUGUACCGAAUAACCCAAAAUGCUGAUACUAUACCAUUUUGAAAUGUGGGUUUUUUCGGUAGUCUGCCACCUUAGUCCCCAUGCUACAACAUCAAGGUACGUUAUGCCAGACAUGUUCUCAGAUAUCAAUGUCUUAUGGCCGUACACAUUAUUUCUGGUGUUUUCUUUGGUGAACUGUAAAUAAUCUUGGUUUAUUUGCAGCAGUAUCACAUUUUUUUCCCUGUAUUGCUUGAUUUUUGUGAAUCCUCUUAGAUGGGUAUAUGCGAUCUAAAAAUGUUGACAUGCAGGUGUCUUUUGAUCAUUUUUAUAAUCUGCACACUAUGUUUCUACAAAUCUCAAAGUUUCCUCAAUGUAAAAGGCAAGGAUUAGUUUGACUUAACAAUUGUGGUGUCAAUAUCAAAUAUUUGGCAUUGGAUAAAGUGUGUUUUUUAUAAAUCUUUGUGGACAUUUUGUUAUCCAUGCUUUGAGUCUUUUAAGUAACUAUAAAUUUAGAUGCUUGGAAUGGCUAAAUGUGACUCAGGUGCUUGACAUCAGCUGAACAUCUCUUUAAGAGUUAAAUUGUAACAAUAAGAUGUCAUUUAGUCUUCAGGAAAACAUCAAGUUGCCAGAGUUGUUCGUGUUUACUCUUGACACCAUGUACACCGUGUUGCAACUCUUACUAUUAUUGAAAAUAUGUGCUAUGUGAUAGGCUUACCAAACUCUUUUAACAUACUCAGGGAGCAACGUGAAAAAUGAACUGUUGCAGAGUCAUUUAAUGACAAAUAUAUUCUUGAAUCAAAGCAUAUGAAAUCGGUGGCCCAGCUGUUUUACUUGAUAAAUCAUGCAGUGAUGUUUAGUGACAAUCAUCAGUAAAGAAGAAUUGUCUUGUAUGUUUCAGAAUCAAUGAUGCGUGCAUUUUUGUCUAUUAAGAUGACUAAUGAUGUUUUACUUUUCAUUUUUAAGAGUUGAUCCUAUUCAUAUUGUAGAAACUUUAAAUAGCAGAUUUUGAGUAAAUAUGUAAAUGGAUUGUGACUACUUUUAAUAUCAUUUGCAUGUGCUCUAAAAACAAAUAACACAUACAUCUCUUUAUUUUAUGAGCUUUUAAUCCCAUUACCAAAAGUUAUAAAUUGACCAACCCUGCAGCUUCAUUCUAUUACUGAGCAGAUUCGUCCACAUUUGCUCAUUAUCAGACCAUUUUCUCACUCAGAGAGGAAGUAGAUUUGUAAAUUUUUACAUAUGACACUUUGAUUCCUAGGGUUACUUAUGCCGUUGUUGUGUUCAUAUAAAAAAAAAAAAAAAUUCAUUGAUUGAUGAAGAAAUUGACUAAAAAACAUUUAUUAGUCUUAAGUUAGGGUUAUAUAUAGGUUAUAUAGGUGACAUAUUUCUAUACAUGUGAAAUAAAAUUCAAUAUUUUGCAAGAUUGUAACAAAAGUGGAAUUCAUAGACCAUAUUAUUAUUUUGAACUUUCAUUUGUUUUCAUUCUGCUUUUCCAAGUAGAGGGUUUAUGUUGCCAAUUAGAAUUGAUCCUUUAGCAAAAAAAUAGUUUAUUAAAGUUUAUUUUUCAUUUAUGGUAAACAUUAACGAUAAUGUCUGCACAUUUUAAGGUGCAAUUGCAAGGACAAGAAAUAUUUGUGCAUUAUAUUCUGAUUUUGUAGGGAGCUCCACUUGAUCCAGACUGAGCUUACACUGAUACAUCAUAAAAGUUUUACAUCUUUUUCAUGCAGCAGCCAAUACCACCUGUGCUUCAGAGCAGGACAUCCACCUGAAGCAAACCAUGUUUGGGCCCGUCCAGUAUGUAGGUGGGAGACCAUCUAGGAAAGAUUACAGUUGCCGCUGGAAGAGGUGUUGGUGAGGCAAACAGCAGGCACUUACUGUUUGAUCUUUAUGUGGAUACCAAAGCCCUAGUGCAGUAACGGGAACAGUGUGUUGUACAUAUGGCACUGUCCUUUGGAUGAGACUUAAAAUUGAGGUCCUAGCUCUCCAUGGUCAUUGAAGAUCCCUGGGCAUCUUUUGAAAAGAGUAGGAUUUUUCCCAAUGUCCUAGCUAAGUUGCGCAUCACAACCUCAUCAAUUCUGGUCCUCUCACCAUCCCCGGUCCCUAAUUGAACUCUCUUUCACUCCCUCACCACCUAAUAGUUAAUGUGUGGUGAGCAUACUGGUGCAAUAAUGACUGCCGUCGCAUGAUUCAGGUGGCUGCUACACAUUAGUGGUGGUCAUAGUGAUUUUACUCCAUGUAAAGUGCUUUGAGUACCAAGAAAAAUACUAUAUACAUGUAAUUUAUUAUUAUUAGUUUCUCUAGUUUUGUUCCAGCAAAAGUCAAAUUUCAUUUUAUUAUGUUAAACUUUAUAGGCAGCUACCACAGUUUCUGCUGUUUCACUUUGACAUAGGACUUAAAAAGGGACAUUCUGUGUUACACUUGUAAAGGCCAGACUAUAUGUGUUCAUCAGGUGCUGUGCAGUUUUAUUCAUAACAAAUGUAUAUGCUAAAUUAACUGAUACACAUUCGGGGGUAGCAUUGGGUGCAAGGUACGAAAGAACCCGAAUGGGGUGGUUUAGUCCAAUAUUUUUAUUAUGAGAACAAUAAGAUUGCGUACAUGUUUACAUGAAUAUUAAUUUAAAUGUAGUUAUUUUGCAAGUUAAUUUAAACCACCACUUUCAAAAUAUUUUUUUCACAGUAAAACUGUGACUUUUAUACAGCUCAAGAUACAGUGCACUUUUUUACUUAAACUUGAUGUUCAGUUUUGUAGGCAAUGUGAUUUUUCUGUGAUAAUGUGUGGGGAAUUUUAAUAAUGUAAUAAAAGUGAUUUGCUUUUUGAUUAAAUCAGAAUGUGCAAAUAUGUCUUGCUACCAGAAGAUUUGGAUUAUAAGACAUUUUAUAAACCUCAAAAUGCUGGUUAACUGCUUUGCAAAAAUUGUAUUCAUGUGAAAUGUCUGUCACUCUGAAUAAGUGGUCAAAUAAAUGCACACAAACCUA